AACAUACCAGUCGCGUCGCUGAAGACUCAGAAAUAUCCGACCACUUACGGUAGGCCUACUCCGCAGAUACAUUUUUCCGCAGAAAUCUCUUCUGAUUAUAAAAGUGUGCGGUGUGGAGAAAAAGAUGAUAAUGAUGCAGCAGGGUUCAGUGGUCCUGCUGCUCCUUUAUGGAAUGAUCGCAGGGAUCAAAGCUCAGCCAAGGCCACCACCUCCGAUGUCAACUCCUGCUCCGGUAUACCCUGGACGGUACAUCAUACUUGCGGCUAACACGAUCCGACCUGGUAUGCCUCUGGUUGUCUCUGUAUCAAUCUUUGAGACUGAAGGGAACCUUCCAGUAAACUUACAGACAUCAAUCCUCCGUAAUGGAAUUGCAGAAGUCUCCUCCACUGACAUGCUGCAAACUGGAACAACCCAAAUCACCUUACAGAUUCCAGUAACAGCCUCAGCAGUAGGGGAAUACUCGCUGAGUGUGUUAGGCACCGGUGGCUUGAUGAUCAACCAGACGGAGAGCUUGCAUUUCAAUAUCGAUCACUUCUCCAUCUUUGUGCAAAGCGACAAAGCUAUUUACAAACCAGGCCAGACAGUGCACUACAGAGUGCUUGCUGUUUAUCCAGACUUGAAACCAUAUACAGGACCUUUCACAGUAACAGUCAGUGAUGGUAAUGGCAAUGCUAUUAAUCAGAUGAUAGACAAGAUGCCUAAUAAGAAUGGAAUCCUCUCUGAAGAGAUGGUGAUGUCUGAAAACCCUGUUCUUGGUGACUGGGUGAUCAAAGUAGAAGCAGAGGGUCAAACCAAGGAAUACACUUUCAAGAUUGAUGAAUAUGUACUGCCAAAGUUUGAAGUUUCCAUUCAGGCACCUACAUUCUUUGACCCAUCGGAUGAGGUUAUAUCUGUUAAAUAUAUUGCCAAAUACACAUUUGGGAAGCCCGUAGAAGGGACUCUGUCGGUAGGUGUGAAGUUGCGAUACCAGCCCAACUCAAGACAGUUGCAAAGAAGAAUACAGUUAUCUCCUAAUACUGUAGAAACAGAAGUUAACUUCAAAGCCAGCGAACUUCUGGACCUCAAGAGACAACACCUAUUUGAUAGCCAGCUAUCUUGGUAUGAGAAUGAGAUGUUGUUGUUCACGGCCAAUGUAACAGAGACCCUGACAGGUAUUAUGCAGCAAGCUGAUGAAGCUACCGUCUUCUACCACUCCAAACCUAUCAAAGUCGUAUUCCAGGAGUCUAUCAGCCGCUCUACAUUCAAACCAGGGCUGCCUUAUCGCGUCUAUCUCGUUGUCACUCGUCAGGAUGGCUCUCCUCUGACGGAAGAGGAACGUCAACGAGGUCUUAAACUGGACGUUUGCAGGGGUAAUGACUGCAUUCAAGAGAAUCUUGUCAUAGACCAACAAGCCGGUGUUGCAGAGACUACCAUAUCCUCAUCCAACAAAGAAACAUCCAUCCAACUUUGGGCGGAAUACAGAGGAGUCUCACAGAACAGAGUGAGUUACGGGACACAAUACGACCGUCGGUACAAUCCAGUGGAUCUCCCGGCUGGCUCCUACAUGGUUACUGCCUCAAAGUAUCUUCAGAGGUCAAAUUCUCCAAGCAAUACCUACAUCCAAGUCAGUCCAGACAAUCCUGAUGCACUUAGGAUUGGUUCCAUGGCUUCAUUCAAUGUUCAAUCAACCGUAGUUCCAGGAAAGCUCACUUAUCAGAUCAUAUCUCGUGGGAAUAUCUUGGUAUCCGAGACUAUCUCUGGCCUUACAGGAUCAGAAUAUGUCAUUGAAAAACAAAUAACAGCCGAGAUGUCCCCUAAGAGCAAACUCAUUGUUUACUUCCUGACUGACUCUGGAGAGGUGGUCCUUGACAGUCUUGAGUUUGUAGUCAAUGUGGUCUUUCACAACCCGGUGAGUGCUAGCUUCAGUAAGAAGAUGGGAGAACCUGGCGACCGUGUAAGCUUUGAUGUAGAAACCACUCCUGGAGCCUUUGUAGGAGUCCUGGCUAUUGAUAGGAGUGUCCAACUCUUGGCUGAUGGCAACGACAUCACUCAUAACCAGGUAUUGGAGUCUGUUGGGCGAUUUGACACAACACCAGACAAUUCCUGGGGUUAUAAUCCCUUCUUUGACUUUGCCUUCUGUUUCAUCCCAUAUCCUACAAGUGGAAUCAAUGCUGGUGAAAUUCUAAGGAAUGCAGGGAUCAUUUACAUAUCAGAUGGAAAUUUGGUGUAUGAAGAAGAACCCGACUGGUCCUACUUUGACUUCAUGCCAGAAGAUGCAGCAUUCCCCGUCCCCGCCGCUCUCCCUGGCCAAGCUGAUGGAAAUGCUGAAUCAGGUGUCGCCAACAGAAAGAAUGAGGUAGGGCCUGUACCAGAGAAAAAGGUCCGUAAAGAAUUCCCUGAGACUUGGUUGUGGGUCGACACAGAAGCAGACUCUGCAGGCCGCGUUUCGAUCGAUACCACAUUCCCAGAUACUAUCACAUCCUGGGUCGGAACAGCUAUUUCAAUGGAUGCUAUAAAUGGAUUGGGAGUGACACAUAAUGCUUCACGAGCUACUGUUUUCAAGGACUUCUUUAUUUCUCUGAACCUGCCAUACUCAGUGAUCAGGGGUGAGAAGUUUGUCUUAGAGGCUAACAUCUUUAACUACCUGAAGGACAAUGUCACGGCCAAUGUGAUCCUAGCUGCAUCACCCAGCUAUGAAAUUCUGAAAGACGGUCAACCAGUCUCAACAAUGGUGACUAAGACUGUUAAGGUGGCAGCCAAUAAGAGUGCUACGGCAAAAUUUGCAGUAAAUCCAUUGAAGAACGGCAUGAUUGAUCUCCGAGUGGAUGCCUCUGUACCAAACAUGGGAGUAAGCGAUGCAGUCCUGCGUCGCUUGUUAGUCGAGCCCGAAGGCAUUGAGCAGGAAGAGGUAGUGUCACGUUUGGUGGACAUGUCAAAUGUGGCAUUGUAUUCCCAGACAUUCAAUAUUAGUCUACCAAAUGAUGUUGUUCCUGACUCUAUCAGGGCUGUCCUGACUGCUACAGGUGACAUUCUUGGGCCCACCAUGGCAAACCUAGACCAGCUCUUGCGGAUGCCAACGGGAUGCGGAGAACAGACCAUGAUUGCCUUUGCCCCCGAUGUCUUCAUCUACAAGUAUCUCAGAGAGACGGGCCAAUCGAACCCAACUAUCGAACAGAAAGCUCUCCGCUUCAUGGAGAAGGGUUACCAAAAUGAGUUGAGGUACCAGCACGAAGAUGGUUCAUUUAGUGCCUUCGGUCAAAGUAACAAUGCGAAUGGCAGCACAUGGUUGACUGCCUUUGUGGUCCGUUCCUUCCUACAGGCUGAGUCAUACAUCUUCAUUGACCGUCAAGUGAUAGAGAGGGCAAUAACUUUCCUUAUUGCCCACACAAAUGCAGAUGGUUCCUUCCAGAAGUCUGGACGGAUCAUUGAUCACGGCAUUGAGGGAGGGGUGUCUUCAGUCCAGACACUGACUGCAUAUUGUGCCAUCACCAUGAAGCAAGUUCUGAUAUCUGAUAUUGUUUCCGAUUCCACCAAACGUAAUGCUCAGACCAAAUUGAGCGCAGCCGUAGGCUUCCUGGAACGCAGUUACAAUGGCAUCCAAGACGACAAGUAUGCCAUGGCCAUCGUGACCUAUGCUCUUGCUCAAGGUGGAAGUAUGAACACCCAGACUUUCCUGAACAGACUGAAUGCACUCCAAACAGUGGAAGAUGACGGGAGACUGAAGUAUUGGACAGACCAGGAUGAACAAUCGACCCCUGCUAAUGAUGAGUAUUACUACUGGUGGCGUGGACCUCCUUCCACCGCUGUUGAGAUGACUGGAUAUGGUCUGCUGACGUACUUGACGCUGAAUGACGUGACCGGUAGCAUUCCCAUAGCUGCAUGGCUCAGUCAACAAAGAAACUCUCUGGGAGGCUAUUCAUCCACACAGGACACGGUUAUUGCUCUGCUGGCAUUGACAAGCUAUGCUGAGGUGGUUGCUGGAGGCAAUAAGAAUAUGAUGCUAUCCAUCUCGACCACAGCUGAUCCUACGUACAGCCAAGAUUUCACUAUUACUAAUGAGAAUGCUAUCAUCCUUCAACAGUUUGAGUUGCCUGUGGAUUCGGGAUCUAUCAAGGUAGAAGGAACAGGAGAAGGAUCAUUCCUUCUCUCCCUCAUCCUUCAUUAUAACCUGUAUGAAGUAAGGACCAGUGAUGUUUUCCAGACCACUAUCACAGUAUUGAGCUCAGAUACAGACUCAGUGGAGCUGGAGGCAUGUGCUAGAUAUACUGGCAAUGAAGGUACUGGUAUGGCUAUCAUGGAUAUAGGUAUCCCAUCUGGUUUCUACGCUGAGGAGAAUCGUCUCCAGAAUGCCAUCGAUGAGGUUGCAUCUGCUACCAAGUAUGAGAUCUCAGGACAGAGUGUUAUUAUCUACUUGGAUGAGAUUUUUGCCGAUAGUACUACAUGCAUCACAGCCCAUGCUCGUCGCUCAGAGGUUGUAGCUGAAACCAAACCAAGCAUGUACCAAGUUUACCGAUACUAUGCCCCUGCUCAACGAUCUGUACAGUCCUACUCUGUAGACGCCCUCAGUAACACCGACAUUUGCCAAUUGUGCCGCGACUGUUGCUACGACGAUAGCGGUGCUGUCCCUUCAGCAACCACUCCUACAGUCCUUCUUCUUGUAUUGACAUUUACUACCGUCAUUGGGGCACUUCUUAUGUAAACAACGAUCUACUCCCCUCAACAAUCAUGACUACAGAAUUUUUGUACCAGGAAGAGCAAAUUCUCUUUCAAGUCAUCUGAAUUAUCGUAGUUCUUGUUAACAAGCUUAAUUUUCCAGGUGGUAAAAGUACUUAGGAAAGCUAAUUAUGCUAGAUUGAGAAAUAUGAUCAUUUGGCAGAAUAAAAUAUGUUACUCUAAAGCAAUUACUUAAAAAAAAUCAAAGAUUAUGUAACAGCAUGUAUAUUGAGAUUUAGAUUUCCAUUAAGAAUUGAGGAAUACAUACUACUAACAGCGAAACACAAUAAGAGGAUCAUAUCCAUUUAAUUAGGAAAUAUCUACUAUGGCGGAAAUAUGUCAAAACAGAUGCCAAGAUAAUUGUGUAUUUGUAAUAUUUCAUAUAUGUAUCAUAGCUCAAAAUUUUAUAUUUUUCAAAUUAUUAUUAUUGAAGUCAACCAUUAUUCAGGAGUAUUGGUGUCUUGCUUUUUUUAAUUGAGCCAUAUUUCAGUUAUAUUUUGGAAAAAAUAUUAAUGUCAUAUUUCACUGUCGACUUAAUGUAUACUGCCAACCAUGUAGAUCAUCUGCAUGUCCAAACAUAAUCGUAUUUGAAUCUUGUGGGGAUUUUUUUUUCCUGAAAACUUUUUUACUAAUUCUGAUACUUUGACUCACAAUGUAUAUAUUCAUGCGCUAAAAUUUAGGAAAUCUUAUACAUACCUAUAUCUUUAGACUUUGAACUGUAAAUUGAUAUAUUUGUGUCUACCUGUAGAAUUUGAGAGUAAAUUUCUUACAUUGUAUUGCAUUGUACCAAAUGGUAAAUUUAUGUUUAUUCACUUGCCAAGUGGUUUAUUUGAUGCCUUAUAACUAGAAAUAUUUUUAUCAGGUGAAAAUACAAUGAAUCUAAAUAUAUAUUUACACAUAAUAAUUUCAAUCGCAAGUGUUCACUAAAAUUGAUGCAUGUUACCACACAGUAACAUGCAGUUUCAUUUUUAAAGUAGGUGCACCUCACUAGUGUAUCCAGCAUCAACUAUGACAAAGAAAUGUUUGGACCCAUGCACAAGCAUAAUAGAGUCACUAUUGUCCCCAGACAAUUGGGCCAAUGAAGUGCUUUGUUGGAUCUGAAGCUGGAUACUAUGCGCCUGGUGCAUAUAUGAGGCUCCAAUUAGGAAAAAUAAUUGUAAGUUCAACAUUUUCUAAUACAUAGCUUGUUAUUACAGAAAAUUAUUUUUUUAUGUGAUGAAGGACGUAUCUAAUGAUGCGUCACAAAAUCUAUAUAUUGCAUCAUCAAAAUAUGGCAAUAUUAACCCUUUCUCUACCACCUAUUGAGCAGUUAUCCAAAUUAAUGAAAUAUUGAGGCAAGGUUUGCCUCCCACUGCAUGGUUACUUUUCAAGAGCUUUCUUGUAGUUUUAAAUGUUUGUAACAUAUAUGUAUAUAUAAUUGGCCUAUCUACAUUAAGAUAUUAUCAUUAGAGUUUAUAUAUACUUAUAAUAGAGAAUGAUGUAUAUGUAUAAAAGUGUACAAAUCAUUAUCAGGACCAUUUACCACAAAGGAUUGCAAUUUAUUGCAAAUAUAAAAGAUCAUUUCUGAUAUGUGCUUUGAGCAAAAGUUCACAAGAGUGAUCUUGUUUGGCCAAUACUCAGCGAUUGAUUGCACAUCUUUGUGUUACUGAACCCUGGUGUAUAUGAUUGGGUUUCUUUGUAACAUUUUGUUUGAUAAACAUUAUGUUCUUCAAGUUAGUGAUGUGAUAAAAGACCAACUGUAUUUCAAUGUAAGGACCAACAUGAUAGCUUGUGCCUUCUUCAGGUAAAUUGUAUGCAGGUUGUAUUAAAUUGGCAUCCGCUAGUUGGCAGCAACUCGUGCUGCCAACGAAUGGAUGGCAAAGCGAUCGAAGUUAUCACAACUGUCGGAUGAAAAACUUUAACUGGCGAAUCAGCAUCUCUGGCGUAAGAAACAAGCCUUGCAAUUGAAUUUUGGAGCUAGCAUUUUUUAAUGUUGAUUCUUAACAAAUCAAUUUAAAUUUUCUAUUUUCAAAUGUGAUCGGUGCACUUUUAUUGUAUUUGUUUAUAAAUGUUAUAUAAAAAAUUAACCAAGAUGCCUCUUUUUGUACGCAUUGUCUUUCAGCACUUCUCUGACAUUCUAAAAAUCUAACCUUUUUUUUGUCUUUGGAUUCUGAAAUUCCCAUUGACAUUGCAUGUUGGAAAGCAUGGAUGUUCAAUAUAAAUAAUUAUAUCUGACUUUGGAAGCAAUUUUCUAUCAGAGCUGAAAUUUUCUUACAAUAAUAUUUUGAAAAUAAAUCCCCCAUCUUGAAAAUUCUCAUCGCAAUAGCACAUACAAUUGUGGUACUAAAACUGAAAUGUUUUGGCCACAUUAUGAGGAGAAGGAUAAGUCUUGAGGGGAGUUACAAUUGAUCCCAUCAACCACAACUAUGGAAAGCCCACAGCAUCAACAUCUAAAAUACAAAUUUGUUCAAAAUAUUUUCUAUAUAUGGGCCUGUUGCAUACAAGGUUAACCAUAAAAAAAAAACUCUGGUAAAUAAACGAAAAUUCUGGCAAACAAAAUUAUGCCAUUGACAAUAACGGAUUGAAAAACUGGUAAAAAAAAAUUGCCUGAGUUUUUCUGUCAUGCAACAGGCCCAUGGUGUAUAUUCAUACGUUCAUCGUUUUCGUGAAAAUUCAUUGUGCUUAAUGUGUUUACGAAGGACAUUGUGCAAAUUU